AUGGAACAACAGAGAAAUGUUACAGAAUUUAUUCUUUUGGGACUCUCAGAGAUUCCAGAGGUACAAAAAAUGUUGUUCCUCAUGUUCAUUGUUAUAUAUGUCAUUACCAUAGCAGGUAACCUCCUCAUUGUGGUCACCAUUGUCAGUAGCCAGACAUUAACUUCACCUAUGUAUUUUUUCCUGGCUUAUCUAUCUUUUGUUGACACUUGCUAUUCCACCUCAGUGGCCCCCAAACUCAUUGCAGAUUGCCUGUAUGACAAGAAAACUAUCUCCUUCAAUGGCUGCAUGACCCAGCUCUUUGCAGAGCAUUUCUUUGGUGGCACAGAGAUCAUCCUGCUCACAGUAAUGGCCUAUGACCGCUAUGUGGCCAUCUGUAAGCCUUUGCACUAUGUUACAAUAAUGAAUCAACGUCUAUGUGGACUUUUGGUACUGGUGGCAUGGGUGGGUGGCUUCUUACAUUCCACAAUUCAGAUUCUCCUUGUCUUUCAGUUACCCUUCUGUGGUCCCAACUUGAUGGAUCACUUUGUUUGUGAUUUUUACCCACUGCUGGAGCUUGCCUGUACGGACACCUAUGUUACUGCUCUUUUGGUGAUGGCCAACAGUGGGGUAAUCUGCCUGCUGAACUUCUUCAUGCUAGCUGCUUCCUAUGUCAUCAUUUUGCGUUCUUUGAGGUUUCACAGUGUGGAAGGAAGAAGCAGAGCCCUCUCUACCUGCAGUACCCAUUUUACUGUGGUCGUCUUGUUUUUUGUCCCUUGCAUAUUCACAUAUGUGCGACCCUUGUGUACUCUGCCUAUUGAUAAAAUUGUGGCCAUAUUCUAUGGCAUUCUCACUCCCAUGCUUAACCCCAUGAUCUACACCUUGAGAAACUCAGAUGUAAAAAAUGCCAUAAGGAAAUUAUGGGGGAGGAAAAAAAAAAACUCUAAUAAAGCAUGA